CCAGACCGCCAGCUCCAGUGCACCAAUAAUGGCCUCCCCUUGCUCCAUUUCCCCCAUAUAUACCAGCCCUCCCCCAUCGCACCGCUGCACCAAACUCACCCACUUUCCUCCCGCCAAGAGCAGCAGCGAGCUGUGAGCUCUAGCUCUGAAGCUCGAGCUUGCUAGAAGAGCCACACAGCAAUACCAUGGCGGCAUCAGUAGCCUGCGCCUUCUUCUUCGACGCCGAGCCGGCCGGCGAGCCCGGCAAGCACGCGCUGGACGCGUGCGCGCUCUGCGCCAAGCGGCUGGCGCGCGACAGCGACGUCUUCAUGUACAGAGGGGACACGCCCUUCUGCAGCGAGGAGUGCCGCCACGAGCAGAUGUACCUCGACGCCGUCUGCGCCAGGCGGGCCGCCCGGAGGCCGCAGCGCUUCUCGGCGGAGACGGAGACGGAGUCCCACCGUGGGCAGCGGCAGUCCAGGAAGGUGUCCAUCGCCAGCUAGCCGCGGAAAGUUUUGUUUGGAUCCACAAGAUCUGAAUGAAUUCUGAAGAAACAACCGCUGUAUUCUGAAGAACCAUCGACGUUGUUUCGGGACGCAGUGCAGGGCAAAGCAUCCGGUGGUAGGUGACUGUAGCUUCCCAUAAGUGUCCAUGGCAAGCUAAUUAAGCUGGCCGUGUGCCUGUAGAUUCUUGGUUGAUCUGUGCUGUGCCGUUGAUUCGAUUUUGUUGGAAACGAAGUAGAAAACGCCAUGGAUCUGAAGGAAGCAAUCAAACACGAUUCACGAUUUGUUCAA